AUGCAACAUCGAAAACAAUAUGUUGAAGCGCGCCAAGCUUAUGAAUCAUUGCUUUCACAUUAUCAAUCUCAAAUAGAGGAAGUCGAAAAAUCUACUGAAGAAGAAAUCCGAAUAUUGAUGCAAUCAUCCGUCGAAAGUGUUAACGAAGAUGGAGAUACGGAGAUGGAUGGAAAGCAAGCGUCAGGAAAUAGAGGAAUUGGCAAAAGCUUGUGGUCUUAUUUGGAUAAUGCUAAUGCGAUUCACAAGACGCACGGAGCCGCUAGAGCUAUAUUUAGCAGGGCAAGAAAGUCGAACCAUUGCACAUAUCAUGUAUUUGUUGCUUCUGCAUUGAUGGAAUAUCACUGUAGUAAAGAUCAGGCAGUUGCAGGUAAAAUUUUUGAGUUAGGAUUAAAGAGUUAUGCGGACAACUCGGAAUUCGCGGCUCAAUAUCUGGACUUUUUAAUUCAAUUGAAUGACGAUAAUAACGCGAGAGCACUUUUUGAACGAACUCUGAAGUCUAUGCCAGUUGAGAAAGCAAAGAUUUUAUGGAAACGGUUUUCAGAAUAUGAGAAUAAAUAUGGUGAUCUUACAGCGAUUCGAAAAAUUGAUGAAAGAAGAUCAAAAGAAUACCCAGAAGAGUCUUCGUUAUCUCGGUUUGCGGAUCGAUAUAGUUUUUUAGAUACAAACAUCAUAUUAAAGAAAGAAGUUGGCCCGAAACCCGACCCAGAGACAAUAGAAAGUCCACCUUCCGAAAUUCAAAAUGAGGAGGAACAGGAUUCUGCACCCACUAGACGUGCGUUAUUAGAUUCUGUACACCCAGAAAAGUAUCCUCGACCAGAUUUUCGACAAUGGGUUUUGUACAAACCUACAGCAGAACAAUUGCGUCGCCCAUUCUUCCCUCCGCCCGUAUCCUCCAAUACAAGUUCAGCACAGUCAGUAGGCCCAUCUCCACCUCCAGCCUCACAGGGAGGUUCAUCACAGUCACAUGGCUCUUCCAAUAAUUCAAAUAUGACCGUUCUGCGUGGGAAUUCACCGUCUGCACAGAAUCUUACACAGCCUGCAUCUUUAAACUGGACACAUGCCCCGAAUGGAAUGAUGCUACCUGAUGUUAUUGCAAAAUUCUUAUCAAUGUUGCCUUCUGCAUCAAGCUUUAAUGGACAAAUAAUAAACCCUACGGAUUUAAUUGAUUUGAUUAUCAAUUCUGUGCCAGGUGGUGGAUUGUUAAAUGGGCCGUCACAUCCACUUCAACCACCUAUUUCACAAUCACGGGAUAGAUCUCGAGGGGGUAGUCCUGCUCGUGCUGAUGGUAGAGGUUACGGUGGAGAUGGCAGAUAUAAUGAAGGUUCUAGAGGAUAUGAUCGUAAUCUAGAGGGUGGCCGAGGUGGUCCUGGUCGACUCGGAAAGCAAAUGAGAGGUUCAAUUUCAACGCAACGUGGUCGAGGUGUAAGUGAUGGCGGAUCGCAGUUCAAUUCCAAGCGUAGAAGAAGAGAUUUUGAUGGAGAAGCAGAAGAAUUUCAGGGCAGAGGUGGCCCCGGAAUUAAUCGACCCCCGGACUAUGAUCUCUUCCGUGCUCGCCAGCAAAAAAAGAGAGUUCGUAACGAAUCAUAUGGACCAAACGGUGCUGCGGUUGGUCCUAACGAAUAA